UUGAUAUUAUAAAACCCAGCUGUUCACGGGUUUCUCUACUGAUUGUGGGGACGCUUCCUGUCUGUUCACGGGUUCUCCUCGUUCAUCAUGUCGCUCCCGCGUCCUUCGCCCGAGUGCAGCGACACGGAACACCACCAGGAAACUCUUCACUUUUCACAAGACGAAGCCAGCCCCCGGGGGAGUCCGGGUGGCUCACCCUUGGGCCCGCCGCUACUCACCCCCCCUCCUACCUGCCCCACUCCUCGCCGCCCUCAACCCCACCAGUCAGUCUCCUCCCGCGCAUCAAGACGGAGUGUACAACAAGGGGCGGUGUAUACGACGAGGGACAAGGUCGGGUCAUGCCGGCCAUCCCUAAACAUGGAGCAAGCAAGUCUCGGGCGUCAGUCAGGAGGUGGAGCACGACCCGCCACAAAUCUGGCACAGGCGUCCCUACAACUGCGCAACUGCGCAUUACCAACUUCGUGGAGGCGCAUGUGUUUCACUCUCUUCAGAAGAUGACGCAGACCGAGGAGGCGUGUGGUUCGGCACAGGUCCUGCCACUACUGGAGGGAGAACCAAACCAGCGUGUCCUAACACCCUCAACCUGCGGCAGGAAACUGGCUCUUCUUGCACUGGAAGACACAAACUGUCUGCGCCUUUCAUGGAGGAAUUGGACCCUGCCUCUCACCAGCUCUGACCUGGCAACACUCGGCGUCAUCCAGGGAGGGAGGACAGGACAGGACAGCCUUGCUUCAUCUAACCUAACCUAACCAAUACAUGUUGCUGCCUCAUCCAGGGUGGGAGGGAGGGAGGACAGGACAGACUGCCUUGCUUCAUCUAACCUAACCAAUACAUGUUGCCAAUCACUCUUGUAAUGUUAUUUAUUAUUCCUUCCAUCUAAUGUGAAUGUGCCCACAUGUGUAAUGUUGUUAUUCCUUAUGUUCUGUGAUGGACCCACAUGACUGUUGUGUUAGUACUAAUAAUAAAUCAUAAUAAGAAAA